CAAAGGCGAAAAGAAAGGCCCUACUACGCUUUUGUGUGCCUCUCAAACACCAUUCUCCUAUAUCGCACAUAUAUAUCUUUGUUUUCCCUUUGUUGUUGUGUCCCCCUCUCAUUCAUUUCCUUCCAUCAAUCACCACUCUUUCAUUCAAUUCUUCUCCCAAAUCAAACCACAUUAUACCCAUUACACAUUCUUCUUCUUCUUCUUGUUAUUAUUAUUGUUAACAUUGUCAUUCUCAUAUUAUAUAUACAUAUAUAUAUAUAUUAUAAAAACACAACAUUUUGAUGAUGGGGAGGAGGAUGAUGCAAUGGAACACCAUCACCAAAGCUUCAAUUCUCGUCACCAUCACCCUCCUCUUGAUUCUCCCCGUGGCCGUUAACAGCAUGAGGCUCGAAUUGGUGCACAGACACCACGAGCGCUUUGCCGGCGGCGGCGGCGACGUGGAUCGGGUGGAGGCGGUGAAGGGGUUCGUAAAAAGGGACAAGCUGCGGCGGCAGAGGAUGAACCAGAGGUGGGGUGUAGUAAGUAAUUACGACAGCAGAAGAAAAGGCUUCGAGAUGACGACAACGCCGGCGGAGGUGGAAAUGCCCAUGCACUCGGGGCGGGACGAUGCCCUCGGCGAAUACUUCGCCGAGGUCAAGGUCGGAAGCCCCGGGCAGCGGUUCUGGCUCGUGGUGGACACCGGCAGCGAGUUCACGUGGCUCAACUGCGUAAUGCAGAAUGCCACAACAACAACAACAACGCGGAAGAACAAAACCAAAAAGAAACAACAACAACACCACCACCAUGUGCACAAGCAUCACAGCAAGAGGAACAACCGAACGAGGACGAGGAGAACGAGGAAGAAGAAGGUUAAGAGUAGUAAAAGUAACAAGAGUGAUCCUUGCAAAGGGGUCUUCUGUCCCCAUAAGUCUAAGUCCUUUGAAGCUGUGACGUGUGCGUCCAGGAAGUGCAAGGUUGACCUUAGUGAACUUUUCUCGCUGAGUGUUUGCCCCAAGCCUUCUGAUCCUUGCUUGUAUGAUAUCAGCUAUGCUGAUGGAUCAUCUGCAAAGGGAUUCUUUGGCACUGACUCUAUCACAGUAGGCCUCACAAAUGGAAAGCAAGGAAAACUGAAUAACCUCACAAUUGGGUGCACAAAAUCAAUGCUAAAUGGGGUAAACUUCAAUGAAGAAACUGGUGGCAUAUUGGGGCUAGGCUUUGCCAAGGACUCAUUCAUUGACAAAGCAGCUAACAAAUAUGGUGCCAAGUUCUCCUAUUGUUUAGUUGACCAUUUGAGUCACAGAAGCGUUUCAAGUAAUCUAACCAUUGGUGGCCACCACAAUGCCAAAUUGUUGGGUGAAAUCAGAAGAACAGAACUCAUUUUGUUCCCUCCAUUCUAUGGUGUGAAUGUGGUAGGAAUCUCAAUUGGGGGCCAAAUGCUGAAAAUCCCACCUCAGGUUUGGGAUUUCAAUGCUGAAGGAGGCACCUUAAUUGACUCAGGCACAACAUUGACUUCACUACUUCUUCCAGCCUAUGAGGCAGUUUUUGAGGCCUUGACCAAGUCUUUAACCAAAGUCAAGAGGGUUACUGGUGAAGAUUUUGAUGCAUUGGAAUUUUGCUUUGAUGCUGAGGGGUUUGAUGAUAGUGUAGUGCCAAGAUUAGUGUUCCAUUUUGCAGGAGGAGCAAGGUUUGAGCCACCAGUGAAGAGCUACAUCAUUGAUGUGGCACCCCUAGUGAAGUGCAUUGGAAUUGUUCCAAUUGAUGGGAUUGGUGGUGCAUCUGUUAUAGGCAAUAUUAUGCAACAAAAUCAUCUUUGGGAGUUUGACUUGUCAACAAACACUGUAGGGUUUGCUCCUUCUACCUGCACUUAACUAGCUAUUCUUGUAAUCUUGUGAAUGUGAUAAUUUCCUUUUCUUUGUUUUUUUUUACUCUGCUUCCCUCAUUUUCUUGCGGGCGCAAGCAAGUCACAUUUGGUGCUUGCUCGAAUUGGAUUUUUAUUCUUUUUAAUUAUUUUCUAUUUUUUCACCUUUGUAAAAUAUUACGUGUAAACAUGUAUCAUACAUCUAAUUCAAGUUCUUAUGAUGUUAAUAAUACGUGGCUGGGCCACAGAUUUCCUUUUAGAUA